GUAAUUUUAAACAUGUUAUGGGUGUGUUUAAAGAGGUUAGACUGGACAAACAUAUACUAAACAAUUGGGAUUGCUCAUAAAACAGCACUGGAAAAACUCAGAUCAUAAAAUCAGUAUUUAGCACUGCAAAGAGCAAGGAAAUACUGAGCCUCCAUCUCGGAAUCUUGAGGAGAGAUGGAAGACAUAGAAGAUUUGCUCGUGGGAAGUAGCGGAGGAACACCGCCAGGUUUCCGGCUGCCGUUGACAGGGGCGGUCGUUGGUCUAAAUCCGAAGCAGAGAAAGAUGAGUGGUCUCCGGAAGUCGACCCCCAAAAUCCCUGGCACUCAGACAAUUUACAUAAAGACAUUUGGCUGUUCGCAUAAUCAGAGUGACUCAGAAUACAUGGCUGGUCAGCUUUCGGCAUUUGGUUAUGCUUUGACUGAUGUUCCGGAUGAAGCAGACCUGUGGCUAAUAAACACCUGUACGGUUAAAUCUCCUAGUCAGUCUUCCAUGGACACUCUUUUAACUAAAGGAAGAAAUGCAAAAAAGCCCCUGGUUGUUGCAGGAUGUGUUCCUCAGGGAAGCCGCAAUUUGAAGGAGUUACAAGGAAUUAGUAUAGUUGGGGUUCAACAGAUUGACCGUGUGGUUGAAGUUGUAGAAGAGACUUUGAAAGGUCAUGAAGUCCGGCUUCUAACCCGUAAAACAUUACCAGCACUUGACCUUCCAAAGGUGAGGAAGAACGAGUUCAUUGAGAUUCUUCCAAUAAAUGUUGGAUGUUUAGGUGCGUGCACUUAUUGCAAGACAAAACAUGCUCGUGGUCAUUUAGGAAGCUACACCGUUGAUAGCCUUGUGGGGCGGGUCAAAAGUGUUGUUGCUGAUGGAGUGAAGGAAAUAUGGUUGAGUAGUGAAGACACUGGAGCAUAUGGUCGUGAUAUUGGAGUUAAUCUUCCGAUUUUGUUAAACGCUAUUGUUGAAAGACUUCCCCCAGAUGGAAGUACAAUGCUUCGGAUUGGGAUGACUAAUCCUCCAUAUAUCCUUGAACACUUGAAGGAAAUAGCCGACGUUCUACGCCACCCAUGCGUUUACUCUUUUCUUCAUGUACCUGUUCAGUCUGGAAGUGAUUCCAUCUUGAGUGCAAUGAAUCGUGAGUACACUGUAGCAGACUUCAGGAUGGUGGUGGAUACAUUGACUGAACUAGUACCUGGAAUGCAGAUUGCCACUGAUAUAAUUUGUGGAUUUCCUGGUGAAACUGAUGAAGAUUUUGCUCAGACUGUUAACCUUGUUAAGGAUUAUCAGUUUGCUCAAGUUCAUAUAUCACAGUUUUAUCCUAGACCUGGAACUCCUGCUGCAAGGAUGAAGAAAGUGGCUAGUCAUGUUGUGAAGAGCAGAAGCCGUGAAUUAACUGCAGUAUUUGAGUCAUUUACACCAUAUGCUGGAAUGGAAGGCAAAAUUGAGAGGAUAUGGAUAACUGAUAUUGCCUCUGAUGGAAUUCACCUGGUGGGCCACACAAAGGGGUACAUUCAAGUGCUAGUGGUGGGUCCUGAGAGCAUGCAGGGAUCCUCAGCUACUGUAAAGAUAACAUCUGUAGGUAGAUGGUCGGUUUUCGGAGAAGUGAUUGAGGAAGUCCUUAACCGUAACAACAUUGAUAGACUUAAUGAUGAAAGGCCACCUUACUCCAGCUUAGAUGAGAACAGUGUGUGUUCCAAACAGCCAGAUUCAUGUGCUUGUUCUUCAAGUGCCUGGUGUUGUCAGGCCUCUCCAGGUGAUACAGAACCUACCCUUCCAAUGAACGACCAGACACAAGCAGAUCAGAAUGAUAUGAAUGUUGGCAGCCGGUCACUCAGGAAGAGGAAGAGUCCUUUAGAUGGGAAGGAGACUGAGAAGGUACAAGUGAUACCCAAAGUUCAAGAAGCUGUUUGGAGUCCUAUUGAUGUCACAUUAUUAGGUGGAAUUGUUUUUAGUUUCCUGACAUCAGUGGCACUGCUGUUGUACCUGGGUUUUGUGAAGAACUAGAUUAUUGUCCGUAGUUAAUGUUUUGGAAGACUUUAAGGUUUGGUUAGAUCCUACCAAAUGGUCACAAAUAUGUAUUUUCCUAGUUUUGACAAUGUAAUAGAGGACAACGUCUUUACAAAAUGGUCAAAUUUUGUAUUUUCCUAGUUUUGACAUCUACUAAAGGUUUGAGCCCUGUCAAAAAUGGUUUGUCCCCAAGUCCAAAUGUCCAUCUAGAUCUGUAGCAGAAUAGAAAUGGUAUCUGAACUGAG